CCUCUCUUUCAAACCUUUGGCUGGAUGACGUCACAUGGACAGCUGCACGCGCUGCAUGGAUGUGUUUGUGGAGAAGAAGUUGGUUGACCAGUGAGGAGAUCAGGAAGGCACGAGCGAGGUGGAAAGCGGCGAUGAUGAUGAAGACGACGGACGACGAGGAUCUUGUCCUUCCGAACGAUAACGGGAGUGGAUGGAUGAUGCAGAAGGAUGGAGAGGUUCAACAUUUUACACGUUAUACGGGUUCAGCAUCGAGAUUACAUACGUCGACGUGCUGCCGACUGGGCAGAGUCUCGGCUACACGAGGGAAGCCGUGUCACAGCGGCUACUACAGCAACCAGUUAAAUGUGAAGCUCCGACGAUACCGUUUAUAUCGCUAUAAACAGAGAUUAAAGCUGUUACGGAGUCGUUAUGGUAUCAAUUACAGACAAAAUAGCAUGGAUAAGUACCAAAAGUGUGCUCUUCGUCGCCAGAGUCAAUUCCAAAAAUGUUGUAAUGCUGUGUAUUACCAUAAGAAACGACGACAUCGAAACUGGCGCAUGUAUGCUAGAUACCGGAACUCUCUCUCUAAACGGAAGGGCCGUCGACACUGAGGAUUAUGGGUAAUAACAUUUUUAAAUGCAAUUUAAUUGUUCUCAUUCAGGAGUCAGUAAAAUAAAUGU